GGAAGAGCCGAAGUUAUCACUCAAGGUCUGCGUCUGAUUAACAUCUCCUCAAUUUUACAUUCCUGGUAAAUAGACAGUCAACAUGUCACGUCCUAUGCCCCGUCUAUUCUUGAUACGCCAUGGGGAAACCGAGUGGUCUCUCAACGGUCGCCAUACCGGUCGCACCGAUAUUCCCUUGACACAGCGAGGUGAAGGUCAGAUCAAGUCCAAAGCUGAGAUCCUAGUUGGCGAUGGAAAAAUUAUCGACCCAAAGAACCUUAGUAUAGCAUUCAUUUCGCCUCGUCAACGUUCCCACAAGACCUUCCAUCUUUUGUUUGAGCAUUUGCCUCAAGUUCCGGAUCACAUACUCUCAGAGGAAGUUCGCGAGUGGGAUUAUGGCGAUUACGAGGGACUCUUGACGCAUGAGAUCAGGGCUAAGAACCCGGGUUGGGAUAUCUGGAGGGAUGGCUGCCCUGGGGGUGAAAGUGUUGAGGAGAUGUGCAAUCGGAUAGACAACGUGAUCCUUAAGGUUCGCGAAUACCAUAGGCAGUACGUGGAAGAAGGAAAGAACACACGAGACGUUCUUAUCAUCGCGCAUGGACAUUUCAACCGUGUCUUUAUAUCUCGAUGGGUUCGGUUUGGGCUCGCGUUAGGUACUCACUUUAACGUUGAACCCGGAGGUGUCUCCGUACUCAGUUAUAAUCACAACUCGCUGGAUGAGCCAGCGCUGAACGCACUGAACUUAUAUGCUGAUUUGAAGUAGAGGAUUGUUAUGACAACCCCUAAACUAUCUUUGUCCGUAGCUAUGACACGACUUGUGUAUUUUGCAAAUACUAACAGAUGUUUUCGGUAUCGAUGGCAAGAUAUGCAUGACCUAAAAGAGC